AUGGCGGAUAAUCACGCAACGGCGGCGUUGAAAACAUCGACGGUGGAGAAGCAGCCGGAGACGACAGAGGCUGAGGCACCGAGAGUCAUGACAAGAACAAAAAGGAUGAUGGUUGCGAUAGACGAGAGCGAUUCGAGCUUCUAUGCUCUUCAAUGGGUUAUUGACCAUUUCUCUGACCUCUUAAUGACCACUGAGACGGCUGAAGCGGAAGGUGACUUGCUCACGGUGGUUCAUGUUCAGUCUCAGUUCUAUCACUUUGCUGCUUUCCCGGCUGGACCUGGCGGCGCAACAGCAGUCUACGCAUCAACGGCGAUGAUAGAGUCAGUGAAAAAAGCACAACAGGAGGCCUCUGCAGCUCUUCUCUCGCGUGCACUCCAAAUGUGCCGAGCCAAACAGAUACGUGCUGAAACUCUGGUGCUUGAAGGCGAUGCAAAGGACAUGAUUUGCCAGGCGGUGGAGCAAAUGCACGUUGAUCUUCUCGUUGUCGGUAGUCGUGGCCUUGGCAAGAUCAAAAGAGCGUUUCUUGGGAGCGUUAGCGAUUACUGUGCUCAGCACGCAAGUUGUCCCAUCCUUAUUGUGAGACCACCAAAGGAGAUAACUAAGUAA